AUGUUCAAUAGUGAAAUUCACAUUGGAAUAGAAAGAUAAAAUCAUAAGUCCUUUGAUGACCUUGAAAAAAUGAAUCUACUUGCCUAACCUAUCACUAUCUCGAUGAUUAAAAUAUAAUAUACUAAAGAUUGUAUUUUAGGUUUAAAAAUAAAAUAUCGAGGAAUGGAUGGCUAAACUGUUGUUGGUAAAAGCAGUAGAAAACUUAAAUUAUUUGGAGUUCACUUUUCAAAAUUCAAAAUAGAAAAAAGUAAAUUAGCAUACCUAUAUUAGAUGAUUGUAUCAAAGAAAUAUUUGGAUUUGCUGGCUCUACAAUCAAUUAAUUAGGAAUCAGAACUUAUAGAGGAUAGGAAGUAAUUUGCGGUACUUGCUAAGGUCAAGCAUUUUCUUACUAUAUACCUAAUCAUACUUUUAUAGCAGCAAAAGGAUCCUAUGAUCAAUUUUUAGAAUAUAUUUGUUUUCGUGUUAUUCCUUUGACACCAGAACAGAUUACAAAAUUUGUAUUAAAUAUGUUUUAUCUCUAGGGUAGUGGCAAUGAAAUAUAAAAAAAACUAUGAAG